CGCACACACACACACACACACAAACACGCACACACCCAGGGACUCUGGCUCUCGCCGACUCAGCUCCGGGCUGCCCGCAUCACGACCAGCCGACAGCCAUGAGCUGCCCACGCCUCUCCUUCCUCCUCCUCCUCCUCCUCCUCCUCCUUCUCCAAGCAGCCCCUUGGGUUUGGGGCGGCACCAACGACGCUGUGGACUGUUGCUUAAGCGUCACCCCGCACCCUGUCCCGCGCCACAUCGUCCGCUCCUACCGCCGCCUCGGCCCGCACGACGGCUGCAACUUGUCCGCCACCGUGUUCACCACCGUGAAAGGCCAGCAGCUCUGUGCCCCCGUCAAUGUCCCCUGGGUGAGGGGUCUGAUCCGAAGGCUGGAGAGGCUGUGUUCCCAGUGGAACAAGGUGCACUGCAACUAGCGGCAAGUCGGCAGAGUCCCCGGAGUCUGGCGGCAACGAUGGAGCUUUGAGGAGAGUGGAUUUGGGGGCGGGGAGCCAUGCUCCU